AUGACGAAUGGUGGGUUGCAUGAAUUAGUUUAUCCAAAAUCGGAGCUGCCCUCCAUAAUGGCGUCCCUUGACAUAAGCGAAGAUUCUGAUACGAAAAAUGCUCCAAGUCCUCCUCAAGACCAAAUUUGUAACUUAUAUGUAUUACGGCAGCGGUAUCAGUCAUCCAAUGAAACAAAUCGGAAGAGGCGCUGUAUGCUGAAGCCUUCUAAACUGAACAAUCCGCUGUCUUCUCACAAUAAAGACUGCUUUUCUCGUAGAUUUAAAAACAAAUCAUCAAGAUUCUUAGAAACUAUUUAUGAAGAACCUAUCACUUACAAAAACGGCCGUAUUAAGCUUACAGGUGCUUGUAAGCCUCGGAAAAUUCAGUUCAGUGGUAUUACAAAAGCCAAAGGCAAGCACUGGAAGUUAAAGGUGCAAACAAACAAAAGUAGAACAAGAGCCCAAAGAAAAGUUAAUAUGGAAGAAUUCAUUGCCAAAUUUCAUGAACUCAUGGGCACAAAAGAAGCUAAUGCAACAGUUGAUGCAAAAGAUGUUUCAACAAUCACAACCUCUUCUGUAUCUUGAUUGUGGUAAUAACUGUUUUUGUGAACAGAGGAACAUUGCAAUGAAAAGAAAAAGUAAAUGAUAAGAAAUGAUUUGGGAAUAAAGAUAUGGAUUACAUCUGUAUGAUAUUUUUCAAUGAAUUGGGUACUGGAAACCCAAAUUUCAGUACAUUAAGACCUAUCGUGCAAGAUGUAAGGCUUGGACUAUUGAUGAGUGUAUAUUGAAUUGAGUGACUGAUAAAGAGUUUUGUAAGAACUCAUAUUGAAGCUUUAAAUCCAUGCAAGUAUUAAGAGACUUAAAGUUUUGUACUAAUAAUGUAGAAAUAAUUUUUUUGAUACAAGAUGGAAAUAAACAGUUUGAUUUUGUAUG